AUGAUUUCUUCAUUUAUUGCUUUGAUUCCCAAGUUGGAGAGUCCUCAAGGUAUGGAAGAUUAUCGCCCAAUUAGCCUCAUUGGUUGUGUUUAUAAGGUUAUUUUCAAGAUCUUGGCUGCUCGUUUAAGUAAGGAUAUUGGUAGGCUCAUCUCCGUGUCACAAAUGACAUUUGUUCCCGGUAGACAGUUAUUGGAUGAGGUUCUUGUGGCAAACAAAUUGGUCAAUUUUGCUAAAAGAAAUAAGAGAUGCUGCCUCAUGCUCAAAGUCGACUUCGCGAAGGCCAAUAAUUGUGUCGAUUGGGGAUUUCUUGAGCAUAUUAUGUUGGCUAUGGGGUUUGGUCUGAAAUGA